AUGGCUCCGGUGUCGGCACUCGCCAAGUAUAAGCUGGUGUUUCUGGGAGAUCAAUCAGUGGGAAAGACGAGCAUCAUCACUCGAUUCAUGUACGACAAAUUCGACAACACUUACCAGGCCACAAUUGGUAUUGAUUUUCUAUCAAAGACAAUGUACCUUGAAGACCGAACUGUCAGACUGCAGCUAUGGGAUACAGCUGGGCAAGAGAGAUUCAGGAGUCUUAUUCCGAGUUAUAUCAGGGAUUCUUCUGUUGCUGUUAUUGUCUAUGAUGUUGCAAGUAGGCAAUCCUUCCUAAACACUACUAAGUGGAUCGAUGAGGUUAGGACAGAGCGUGGUAGUGAUGUUAUAGUUGUACUCGUUGGAAAUAAAACCGACCUUGUGGACAAAAGGCAAGUAUCAAUAGAGGAAGCAGAAGCUAAAGCUCGUGAGGUUAAUGUAAUGUUUAUCGAAACCAGUGCCAAAGCAGGCUUCAACAUUAAGGCACUUUUCCGUAAGAUAGCAGCAGCAUUGCCAGGAAUGGAAACACUGUCUUCGACAAAGCAAGAGGACAUGGUUGAUGUGAAUCUCAAGUCUUCCAAUGCAAAUGCAUCUUUGGCUCAGCAGCAAUCAGGUGGAUGCUCUUGUUAG